AUGGCUGGAACUAAAGGUGCAAACUCUGCUCGGAAAUCUAUUAAGAAGAAGUUCACAGAUUUUAAAUGUACAAUAUGCAAGAAGACAUUCUCGGAAAAAGCAGGCUUAACCCAACACAAUCUAACCCAUUCCUCCGAGAAACCAUUCACCUGCCAUUUAUGUCCACAUACAUUCAAAACUAAGAAAUAUCUAGGUCGACACAUAAAAAGAGUUCACAAUGAAGCAACAGAGAAUGAAUGUAGCUUCUGCGGACGAAAGUUUCACUUCAAAAGUCUUUUAAGACAGCACAUGUAUACACAUACAGAUGAAAGACCUUUUAAAUGUAAAAUCUGUGGAAAAGGCUUUAACUCCAGUUAUACUUUGAAUACACAUAAAUAUAUACAUGCUGAUGCUAAGCCGUUUAAAUGUGAGUUCUGUGACUACGCGUGCAGAGACACGUCUACGUUGAGGAAACACCAUGAAAGGCACAUGGGGAUGAAGAAACGAUACCAGUGUCGAUUGUGUGAGAAAAGCUACAAUACAAAAAGUUUGCUCAAAAUGCACGUAACAGAAGUGCAUUUGGAUAUACACGUAAAGAACACGCGGUGCGAGGAGUGCGGCAAGAUGUUCAAAUCUAACACCGCUUUGAAUGUACAUAUUAAAAUAGUCCACAAAAAGAUAUACGCGUGUAAGUGCGAGGUGUGCGGCGUGACGAUCAGCAAUAAAUACAAUUUGGCGACGCAUUUAACUAAACAUGUGGAUUUUAAACCGUUUCGAUGUAACUUUGACGGAUGUACGAAGAGGUUUAAGGAAAAAGGUACCCUCAAAAAGCAUAUUCUAGUCCAUUAUCCAGAAAAGCAGUUCGAAUGUAAGAUAUGCAAUAAAAAGUUUACGAGAGUGACUCGUUUGAAUUUACAUAAAAAACAGCACAGAUUGAAAACUAAAUGCGUGACUUGCGAUUAUUGUGGGACGAGUUUCUACAACAAAAACUAUCUGAUGUCCCAUAUCAAAAAGAAACAUUUGUUGAAGCAAGCGUACGCGUGCGACGCGUGCGGGUUCUGCACUUACAACAAGCCCAGUCUGGUCAUGCACAUCAAGUCUGGACAUGAUUCUGAAUUGGACAGACAAUGUAAGAUUUGCAAUAAAACUUACAAAAAGCAUAUAUAUCUGAAGCUUCACUAUUGGAAGUGUCACUGCGUGAGGUACAACAUGACCGUCAGACAGCCAAAACCGAAAAAACGUGAAAUAAUAAUUAAAGAAGAACCGAGUGAGUAUACGGAGAUAGAAAUGUUGCACGAAGUGAAGAUUGAACCCAAGAGUGGUGAGAGUUUUGAUUCCGAAGCAGAACUAUCCACAGAUAAUAUAAAAGAUGUGUCAAAUGACAGUUCUAAGAGGGCGGGAAAUAAAGCACCGAAUAAUUUCGAUGAUUUUUACAUAAAACAAAUUAUACGGCCGGGAUCUACUAUCGUAAAAGAAAAAGAUAAUAACAUAAAAAUAGAUAUAAAAUGUCAAAAAGAAGCAAAUGAAUGUUUGAAGAAAAUGAUCUGCGAUAAAAGACUUAAAAGGGAGAUGAGAGAGUUGGAGAAGACGAGAAGAGAAUACAACAGGAGAUUAAAGAGAGUUGGGCUUAGAAAAUUUAAUACUAAAAUUAAAUUUAUUAAAAAUAAUAUUAUUAAUAAAAAUAGUGUAAUGACAGAAUCUAAUCUAAACGAUGAAGAUAAUGACGUAAUUUCUUCAAAUAAUUUUCCUAAUGAUAAGAGUCAUUAUGAAAAUAAUGAAACUAAUAGCAAUAUAAAUGAAAAAAAUGAUAAGAAUCAGAAAACUGAUGAUAUAACACAAAAUGAUAAUGCACUUGAUUUAAACAAUACACUAAAAUAUAUUGAUGAUGGGAACGUCGAAAUUAAUAGUAUUAAUGAAAAUGAUGAUAAAAGUCAUGAAAAUUUAGUUGAAAUUAAAAAAACAAAUGAAACUAAUGAAAAUGAAAACAAUGAUGUUAAUAAUAUUAAUGAAAGAAAUAAUAAGAACAAACAAGACAGUAAAUUAAAGUUAAAUAUGCAUCAAUGUUAUGUUUGUUUCAAGUUAUACGAAACGCGAGACCAACUAAUAGGCCACUGUCAUCAACAUUUCGACGUGUGUAAUACUGAUUUAUUAAAAAAAUGUCCCCUCUGUGAUUUUGUCACAAAACUUAAUUUAAAGAGGCACAUGCUCUCAAUACACAAAAUAAAAGUGAAAACUCAAGGUACACUCAAAAACGAUGAGGGAACUUUUUAUUACGAUAUGAAAAAUAAAAUCGAUAAUAUACAAGUCAUUCCCAGUGUGAAAAUUCUGAAUAAACACGCAUACGAGAAGUUAGAUAGAAAUAAAAGAGAAGAUAAAAAGAGAGGGUUGAUAAAAAAGAAGUUAGUUAAGAAGAAUGGAGAGUGGGUGAUUGAAAAUGAAUUUGACACUCGAAUUGAUAGGUUUUUGCUGCCAAAGACCGUGUUACAAGGCGUCGGUCCAAUCAAAAUCGAUACAGAUGAUCAUGUGGGUAGAUUGAAAAUUUUGUAUCGUUUAGCCAAAAGAAAUGGGCGGGAAAUUGUAUUUCCGUGUGAUAAAUGCGAGAAGAUUUGCCAAACUCUAAGUGCUUUGAAACUUCAUACGCGUAAACAUGAGGAAAAUCCCAAACCGUUUAAGAAAAAAGUAUGGAAACAUAAACUCGGUGAACAUGAAAAAGAAGUGAAAAAGAAGAAACAGAUCGGAAAAAAUAGAUAUGAAGAUCCUAAGCCGAUUGUGAGCAAACACAAGUGUGAUGACGAAUUGAUGGAGUUUUACAAGAAAAAUAUUAAAGGCGGCGACAUAGAAUUUUGGCAGUUUCUAAAAAUUUUCAACAAAAUGUCGCGAGACAAUGUCAAUGAUUUUUCCGAUUUGGAAAAUCGUUCGGAAUUCGGUAUUCAUUUUCCGGUAAGAAAUGAAAUGGAAAAGAAGGAAAUGAAAACUAGAAAAAUGAAAACUAAUACUAAUUUCAAGAGAAGAAUAUUAAUAAGUAAAAAAGAGCAUGAAAAAAGAAAAAUGAUUAUAGAUAAUUUAAGGAAGCAGAAUUUAGAACUAAAU